UAUGAGAAGGGAAAAAGGCCUUAACCUAAGCUAGGAAAGAGCCAGUGUGCAUACUGUAAGGAAGAAGGACACUGGGCUAGAGAAUGCCCUAAAAAUAAGGGUAAGAGAGAGAUGCCAGUGGGACUAGGAAGAAAGCCAACUUCCAUCUUUGCCGCCCUGGAGGAAGACAGUGACUAGGGAGGAUGGGGCUUGGCCCUCCUCCCCAAGCCUAGGGUAACUCUAAGAGUGGAGGGGAAACCUGUCCACUUCAUGGUAGACAUAGGAGUAGAAAAUUCAGUCCUCCUAACACCUGGGGGAACCUUUUCAAGAAAACAAACCUGGGUACAGGGAGCAAUGGGCACUAAACCCUACCAAUAGACUACCCAAAGAACAGUGGACAUGGGAGUGGGUUGGGUAACCUACUCAUUCCUAGUCAUUCCUGAGUGCCCAUACCCCCUGUUGGGACAUGAUCUGCUUGCUAAAAUAAAGGCGCAGAUCCAUUUCACUUAUAAGGGUGCUCAGGUCAAACACUCUGAUGGGAAGGCUAUUGGAGUGUUCUUAGCAAUGCCUUUGGAGGAAGAAUACCACCUCCAUGAACCAAGGCAGCCCUCCAUCAGAUGUGCAGACAUGUAGAUCUGGCUUCAAUAAUUCCCCACCGCAUGGGAGGAAUGGGGCUGGCCAAACAUAUGCCCCCAGUUUAUGUGGAGCUUAAGACCAAUGUGGACCCAGUAAAAGUCUGCCAUUACCCAACGACCCAGGAAGCCAUAAAGGGAAUCACCCCCCAUGGGAGAUGACUUCUGCAAGAAGGAGUCUUGCAGCCCAUUCAGUCUGCAUGGAACACACUCCUCCUACCAGUUAAAAAGCUGCAGAUGAAUGACUACUGACCUGUCUAAGACCUUUGAGAAGUCAACAAAAGGGUAAUGGAUAUUCACUCCACUGUGCCCAACCCUUAUACUCUGCUAAGUAUGCUCCCUCCAGAUAAAGAAUGGUAUACUGUCCUAGAUUUAAAAGAUGCUUUCUUUAGCCUCCCACUCACACUGAGCAGCCAAGGUUACUUUGCCUUUGAAUGGCAUGACCCAGACAUUGGAGUAAGUGGGCAACUGACUUGGACAAGACUGCCACAAGGAUUCAAGAACUCACCCACCAUAUUUGAUGAAGCUCUCCAUGAGGAUCUGAGUGAGUACCACUCCCAGCACCCCCAGGUCUCUCUUCUACAGUAUGUAGAUGACAUACUAAUAGCCACCAGGACAAAGGAGGAGUGCCAUAAAGGAACCGAAGAUCUCCUGAGGACACUGGGGACAUUGGGCUAUCGGGCCUCAGCCAAAAAAGGCCCAGAUCUGCCAGAAACAGGUAACUUACCUGGAAUACAUGUUAAAAGAGGGAAAAGAUGGCUGUCCAAGGCAAGAAAAGAGACAGUAUUAAAAAUACCAACACCUAGGACAGUAAGACAAGUCAGGGAGUUGCUAGGCUCUGCGGGACUCUACAGACUUUGCAUCCCAGGAUACACUGAAAUUGCCUGCCCUCUUUAUGAGGCUACAAAAGAACAGACCCUGACUUGGGACUCUCAGAAACAAGCUGCCUUUGACACCAUUAAGCAGAAAUUACUAGAGGCCCUGGCCCUGGGACUCCCCGACAUCAACAAGCCCUUCCUCCUCUAUGUGGAUGAGAACAAGGGAGUGGCAAAAGGAAUGUUGACUCAGAACCUUGGACCAUGGAGGAGGUCAGUGGCCUACUUAUCUAAGAAACUGGACUCCGUGGCAGGUAGAUGGCCCCUGUGCUUACGCAUCAUUGCUGCCGUGGCCUUGUUAGUUAAAGAUGCAGACAAACUCACUUUGGGACAAAGUCUCCUGGUGGCCACUCCACACACCCUGGAGUUGAUUCUAAAACAGCCUCCUGACAGAUGGGUGAGUAAUGCCAGGGUGACUCAUUACCAAGCUCUACUCCUAAACCCAGGUAGAAUAACGUUCCAGGUACCCACUGCCCUCAACCUGGACACUAUGCUACCUGAUCCUGACCUAGAGAUCCCCUCCAUGACUUCAAUGACAUCCUCUCCCAAGUGCAUUGCAUUUGACAAGACCUCCAAGAUACACCACUGACAGAUGCAGAAGAAACCUGGUUCACGGAUGGGAGCAGCUUUCUAUGGCAUGGACGCAGUUACACAGGGGCUGCAGUCACCACCACCCAGGAGGUGGUCUGGGCAGAAGCCCUUCUGGCUGGCACCUCAGCCCAGCUGGCCAAACUGAUAGCAUUAACAAAAGCAUUAUGCCUGGACAAAGACAGAAUGAUCAACAUCUAUACAGACAGUAGGUAUGCUUUUGCUACCUUACACAUCCACAGGGCAAUAUAUACAGAAAGGGGACUACUGACUGCUGAGGGAAAGACUGUCAAAAAUAAACAAGAGAUAUUAGAAUUGUUACAAGCACUCUGGCUCCCAAAGAAGCUGGCAGUGAUACACUGUCCAGGACAUCAGAAAAGGACAGAUGCAAUUUCAAAAGGAAACAAUCUGGCAGAUAAAAAGGAAAGGGAGGUGACUACACUUAUGAGUACUGUAGCCCUGCCCAUCCUGACUGACCCAGGCCCUUGAGCCUACCCUUGCUGCCAAAAUAUGACUCAGAUGAAGAGGCCUGGGCUGGUCAACUAAAAGGAGCAUACAAGAAGGAUGGCUGGUGGCAACUACCUUCAGGAAAAAUUCUACUACUGAGACUACUAGGAAAGCAUGUACUCAAAAUAAUCCAUCAGACCUCCCACUUGGGGACUCGAAAGCUGAGAGAAUUGAUCUCCGGGUCCCCACUGAAGAUUAGACAGGCCAGCUACCUGAUCAACAAAAUUGUGAUGGAGUCCAGACCUUGCCAACUGGUAAAUGUCUACAAGGCAAAAGGAGAAAAGGGCACCCGCAUGAGAGGGACCCGCCCUGGUAUAUAUUGGGAAAUAGACUUUACAGAGAUCAAACCAGGUAAAUAUGGAUAUAAAUACCUGCUGGUUCUUGUAGAUACCUUUUCAGGAUGAAUUGAAGCCUACCCCACUGAACAUUAGACAGCUCAUGUGGUGGCCAAGAAGAUAUUGGAUGAGAUCCUCCCCAGGUUUGGCUUCCCACACAUGAUUGGGUCAGACAAUAGCCCAGCCUUCAUCUCACAGCCUCCAGACUGAAUUGAUUCUGCCACCAGAAGAGGUAGACCUUGAGAAUCUGAAAUCUCUGUCCCAAGUGCAGGAAGACAUUUGGCCUCAACUACAUGCUCUAUCCUUCCCCCUGAGCCUCAGAGUUUCAAGCCUGGAGAUUGGUUCCUGAUCCAGAGACAUCAGUGCUUAUCCUGUGCAGAUCCCUGGAGCUGUGGUGGAAAGGACCCUACUUCAUCAUCUUGACCACCCCAAUGGCCCUCAAAGUGGAUGGCAUCUCCACUUGGAUUCACCACACCCAAGCCCGACUCGUGGUGCCUGCGGCUGAGAAACAUCCAGACAAAACCUGGGAAGUGUCCAAGCAUCCUACUGACCCCUUGAAACUGAAGCUCCAAUGCCAUGAUCCCGAUCAUGUUACUAUGUCUGGUGGGGACACUCCAGGCAGUAAACAGGACCAUGCUCAAUCCUCACCAACCCCAGAAGGUAAUGUGGGCAGUGGUCAAUGCUGGUAAUAGGGAAGUCCUUAACAGCACCACCCUCAAGACCGUUCCUGGAAUAUGGUGGCCCGAGCUUUACUUUGACCUCUGUGACUUGGCCCGAGGCUCUUGGGACAUAGGAGAUUGGACACCAGCCCAUGAAGGAUGACCAGAAUGCAGCGGAACCAAGGGAUGUACUCUUCCUUUGACUGGCAACCCACAAAGCCCAGGGUGUUCUCAUGUACUGAAGAGAACUGUGUUAUGAGACACCCCUGUUUAUAUAUGCCCAGGAAGAAAUAGAACUGCAAAGCAGGUAACUCAAUGUGGGGGUGCAGAUGAUUAUUACUGUGCCAAUUGGGAAUGUGAGCAAACAGGGAUGGAGCACUGGAUAAUACUCGUCUCGCAUCCAACCCCCUGUAUGGCCAGUGUUCCAAAUACAGAUGCAACCCAAUCCAGGUGACCAUUACAGAGGCAGUAAAACAGGCCUUCAGUUGGGAUAUGGAAGACAUGUGGGGCCUCCGGUUAUAACAGCAGGGAGGAGACCAGGGGUUGCUUUUCUCAAUAAGGAGUGUGCAGCCUUCCCAGGAGCCUCAAGUUGUUGGGCCUAUGCAAUCUGUUCACCAAACUAGAAUCAUAGUACCCCCAAUGCAACUAAUCCCAGAGGAGUGGGCCACUCAUUCCAUUACUCAAAAGGAUAGAGCACCCACACACUCCCACCAAUUGCCUGAGGAUGAAGGGCUUACCAUGUUGGUGAUACAAAUGGCAUUUCUAGCCCUAAAUCACUCCCAACCAGACUUAACCACCUCCUGUUGGAUGUGCUUGCACAGACGACCCCUUCCUUGAAGCUGUAGGGGUAAAAGGUCAUUUCAACAUGGAAGACAACCCUUCAAGAUGCAAGUGGGGUGACUGUGGGAGCCCGUUCUCAGGUUCCUCGUGGCUUUACCCAAUAGGUCAGCAUAGAGGAUGAUCAGGACCAUG